AUGAAAUUCCAUGGAAAACACAAUGCAGAAAACCAGAACCAAGCCCCAUUUUACCCUAAAACAGGUGGAUUCCUUGGCCCUCCCAAAACUCCCAUCCUUGGAAUCAUCGGGGAUAGGGUGGUCCUGCCCUGCCAGGUGAGGUCCGCACCAAUUCCUGAGGAUUUCUCCGUCCGCUGGACAUUCCGUGGCCAAUCCCAGCGGAUCCCCGUGAGCAGCUACAGCGGAAAGGGCUGGAGAGAGGAGCCCAGUGAGCGAUACUGGGGCCGGACGGAAUUUUUCCACGGGGAAUUCCAAGCUGGGAACGUGUCCCUGCUCCUGAGAGACGUCCGGAGCUCCGACCAGGGAUCCUACAGCUGCGAGGUGUCAUUCCAGGAUGUGUCCCAGGAAGUCUUGAUGGAGCUGGAAGUGGCAGCCAUUGGAGAAUCUCCAUCCGUGAUCCUGCGGAGCCCCGAGAAGCGGAGCCUGGGCGUUUCCUGCCGUGCCUCCGGGUGGUUCCCGCGGCCGCAGCUGCUCUGGCUGGACGGACGCGGCAAGGUCCGGCCGGAGCCGAUGACCACAACGGCCGCGGUGAUGCCCGGGGGACUCUUCAGCGUCGAGGCUUCCAUGAGGAUCCAGCAGGGAUCCGACCUGGAGAUCUCCUGCCGGGUCCUCAACCGCCGGCUCAACGCCUCCCGCGAGUCCCGGAUCCGCAUCCAUGACAGUUUCUUCCCCUCCAUCUCCCGGUGGCUGCAGAUUUUCCUGGUGGUUUUGUUCCUGAACUUGGCCCUGAUUUCCGUCGUUUUCUGCCUGCUCCAGGAGAAAAAGAAAGUGAAGUCGGUGCUGGCAAAAAUCCAGUUCAAGAAACACUUCGUUCCCGUGGAGCUGGAUCCCGAGCAGCGGCCCCUGGAUCUCGGGGACGCGCAGGAUCCGAUCCCGGUUCUGGUGGCGCGGGACUCGCUGGGAUCCGGGAAGCGCUACUGGGAGGUGGAGCUGGGCCGGGAGCAGCGCUGGGCUCUGGGCGUGCUGCGGAGCCUUCCCGAGGCGGAUUCCCGGGAUUCCCGCGAUUCCCGGGAUUGCCGGCACAUCUGGGCUCUGCGCGCAUCCCGGGGCCAGCUGUUCUCCAGCUGCGGCCGCGCGCUCGGGGAGCAGCGCCCCGGCCUCUCCGCGCUCGGCGUCUUCCUGCAGCUGGAAAAGCGACAGCUGGAAUUCUACGACGUGGAGCGGAUGGAUCUGGUGGCGGGGAUGCCGCUGGAGGCCGGGGAGGAUCAUUCGGGAAAGUUCUUCCCGUUCGUAUCCCAAACGGGAGAGGGGACGCCGCGGAUCCGCCCGGUGCGCAUCCCUGUGCCGCUGGAAAUCCCGGGGGAUCCGGGAGAGGCUCCGCGGGAAGAGGAAAAUAGUGAAAAAUUCAAUACGGGUGGUGGAAAUUAA